AUGGUGACCCCCUGCCCCACCAGUCUCGUGAGUCCCGCCGCCCGGGCCGGGAAGCGGGACCACGACCAGAACCUCCGCGCCCCGGUGAAGAAGAGCAGGCGCCCACGCCUCCGGAGAAAACAGCCGCUGCAGCCGCUGAACCCGUGCCCGCUCCCCGGAGACUCCGGUGUUUGCGACCUGUUCGAGUCCCCCAGCUCCGGGUCUGAUGGUGCAGACAGUCCCGCAGCAUCCGCGGCGCUAGGCUGCAGCCCCCUACCCGCUCCUGCCCAGCAGUUUGCCCAGCUAGAUCUACAGACCUUCCGUGACUACGGUCAGAGCUGCUACGUCUUCCGCAAGGCGCGGGAGAGCCACUUCCACCCGCGGGAGUCGCUGGCGCGGCAGCCACAAGUAACGGCGGAAUCCCGCUGUAAGCUGCUUAGCUGGCUGAUCCCAGUGCACCGCCAGUUCCACCUCUCCUUUGAAUCUCUCUGCCUGACGGUGAACACUCUGGACCGCUUUCUUACCACCACGCCUGUGGCUGCAGACUGCUUCCAGCUGCUUGGGGUCACGUCCCUGCUCAUCGCUUGCAAACAGGUGGAGGUGCACCCGCCGCGCAUGAAGCAGCUCCUGGCCCUGUGCUGCGGCGCCUUCUCUCAGCAACAACUCUGCAACCUCGAGUGCAUCGUGCUGCACAAACUCCACUUCAGCCUGGGCGCGCCAACCAUCAGCUUCUUCCUGGAGCAUUUCACGCACGCUCGUGUGGAGGCCGGGCAGGCUGAGGUCUCAGAAGCCCUGGAGGCACAAGCCCUGGCACGUGGUGUGGCGGAGCUGAGCCUGGCCGACUAUGCCUUCACCAGCUAUACUCCCUCCCUGCUGGCCAUCUGUUGCCUGGCGCUGGCUGACCGUAUGCUACAGCACCCGCACCCCGUGGACUUGGGCCUAGGCGGGCAUGCUGAGGCCGCAGUGCAGGACUGCCUGGGCAAGCUGCAGCUACUAGUGGCAAUAAAUGAGACCUCCCUGACUCAUAUGCUGCCUUUCCAGAUCCUCGAGAAGUGCAGCCUUUCUCCGAAAUUGAAAUGA